AUGGCAACUCUUCAAGUAUUUGGCGGAGGACCUGCGACAACGCGCCAAAAAGCUGUCGAAGACGCGCGGAAAAUGGAAGAGGCUGUUCAAGAAGAAUGCGCCAAGUCAGGAAAACCCGCUCCCCAGUACCGCCUUACGGAACUAAUCGGUAAGGGGAGUUUUGGUCGUGUGUACAAGGCAAACGACCUGAGAACUUCUGCUGUAGUAGCUGUCAAGAUUAUAGACGUUGAUGAAAGUGAUACGGUGAACCCGAAGCUCGCGGAUACUUACAGUGAGAUUCUCAAAGAGAUCAAUGCGCUGCAUCGUUUAAGUCAGUCUGGUGCCCAGAACAUCAACCAUGUCAUCGAAGCUCUACCUGUUGGCAAGGCUAUGUGGAUGGUUACCGAAUAUUGUGCUGGAGGAAGUGUAGCAACUCUAAUGAAACCGACCACUCCUGGAGGGUUACAAGAGAAGUGGAUUAUACCUAUAUUGCGUGAAGUGGCCGUAGCAAUUUAUUGGGUUCAUAAGGAGGGCAUUAUACAUCGCGAUAUUAAGUGCGCUAAUGUCUUAGUUACCGAAACUGGAGCGGUCCAGUUGUGCGAUUUCGGUGUUGCUGGUAUGAUGGAGACGAAGUUAGACAAAAGAUCUACUUUCAUUGGAACACCACAUUGGAUGGCACCAGAACUCUUUGACCAUAAUGCUCAGUAUGGAACAGAGGUUGACAUAUGGGCCUUCGGAUCUAUGGUAUACGAGAUUGCCUCUGGUUUACCACCGAAUGCGACAGCAAGGGUAGGCCUCCCUCAAUUAGGUGACUACCUUAGAGAACAUAUACCACAUCUCGAGGGUGAUCAAUACUCAGACGAACUUAAAAGUUUAGUUGCCUUUUGUCUGGAGGAAAAUCCUUCCAGACGACCAUCUAUCGAACAGAUCCAGCAACACCCAUAUAUUUUUAAUACGAGUUCUCGAUAUCCUACCUCCUCUCUGGCCAACCUAGUAAAAGCCUUUAGACUUUGGGAAGAGCGUGGCGGAAUCAGGAAAUCUCUCUUCGCAGCCGGAGGAGCACAAGCACCCGCUGAUCUGGAUUCGACUUCGUUGUCAACUGAGGAAUGGAAUUUUUCCACUACGCUUGCCUUCGAUGAGCAGCUUCACGAUAUCUCAGAUGGCAUAUCAGAAGUCCAGGCAGUCCGCGACGUUUAUGGAUCAGCUGUCGAUUUCCCCACGACAUUUGGCGAAGACACGGCACGACCAAAGGCAUUAGGCAAAGGUAGACGUCGACCACCACCACAAGCCCUAGCUGCCACCAAAAUAAAAGCCCCUCUAGAAAAAGUCUUCGACCCCAACACGAUAUCAAACUACGACGAGAAUUCCCGUAUGUAUUACGGUCGCCUUGGGCCACCUCCGGUAUCAGAGCCACCGAUGACAAACGAGAUUCCAGCAUCUGAUCUUCCACUACGCGACGACUCUCUCCACGCAACACUUCGCGAAUCCUUAAUUGACCUUGACGCCUCUCUCGGUGGCGGUGACCUUUCGAACUUUGUCGAUAUGGGUACGAUAAGACCGGGCCCAGGAGUAGGGCAUAAUUCAGGAAUAGGACAGAACCCACGAGCUUCAAUGGACAACAACUGGUCUUUCUCAUCAGCUACGGCGACAGAAGUACACGAUAGGGCACCUUUAAGCGACCCCGCGGAUAUGAAUAAUGGCCGACAUCAUGCACCUGACUGGUCUUGGCCAACAAGUAUCCCUCCAGCCUCCGCUAAUCCUGAGAUGUCACAUUUCACAUUUAACGAAGAUCGUGGCUUUGACAGUGGCCCCGAACGUCCCCGACUCCAACACCAUCCUACCGAGCCCAUGCUGCCAUCACAGGGCUAUGAUAUGCAAAGUACGAGCGCACCAUCAAAUGAUCGCAUGUCCAUGGCCAGCUUGAUUGACCUUGAUAUGAGCAUGCCCGAGCCUAACUUCCCAGAGUUCACACGCCCAUCUACUGCUAACUCAGACAUCGCAUCCAUCGCAGGCUCCGAAAUUGGCACUCGUGAGCCUUUUGAACUCGAGCGCCACGCCUCCGUCUAUGCGCCCGCCAACUUUACUAGCCGUGAGCCAUCCAUCUAUGUUUCCGAUGGCUCCGAGUUUUCUGCCCGAAUAGCCAGUAAGAUCGCCGAGGAAGACGAAAUGUCUGAAUCCAACGUCUUAAACAUGACGGGACCUCCGCAUCAACAACAGCUGUUACACCAUCAGCACCAACAUCAGAAUAGCGAGUAUACUGUCUCAUCAACCGAUACUUAUGUGGAUCGGGAUGACGGGUAUCACGGCCCUACCACUGCCGCGCACAUUCUGCGGACGACGGGACCCGUACACCUCCCGUCCAUAGCUCCACCAUCAAUAAGCGUCGUUGAGGCAAGAGCUACAGCUGGCGACGUGGCUAAUGAAAUGCGCCGUCUUAUUGGUAGCCUUAAUGAACACUUGUCGAUCAUCGGCGAGCAGGUCAGUAGUAUGGAGCCUCGGCGCGCGGGGCGGAAUAAUUUCGAGGGCGCGGAGUAG